GACUGGCUUCCCCUUUCCAGUGCACCGCUCUCAACACACUUGUUUGCACACUUUCCGUGGUCAGCUUGGGACGUCGCCGUCGUCGCGGUCUUCCCCGUGCUCGCCGUGGCUACCCGUGGCUCGAACUGACAAUUGGAGAACGAUAAACGCGCCGCGUAUCAGUUAUUUUUACCACCGGGUCGGGUGUAAGCGUACGUGCUUGGAUCGUGACGGGGCCGAGCGAAGAUUGGAAGCAUAAAAAGGUGUCCCCCCUUUUGGGUUGCACAGUGUCGGACGCGCGUCAGUCUACGGCUAGAGCGAAUCGAAUCCACAUCAUCAUUCACCGACAUCGUCCACCGUGUCACGGAACUCGGAGUGUGUGUGUGUGUGUGUGCGUGCGUUUGUGAAAGAAAAGCUUUGUGUGAAAGUGUGUUGUCCAUUGUACGCAGUCUCGUCCACGCGAGAGGAGGCCGCACGGAAUCAACAAUCUCCCCUUGCCCCUUUUGUCCACACAGCAACGCACACAGCUUGCUCAGAAAAGUGUCAGCUAGUGCAAGCUCCGAGUGACGUAGUGUCCCCCGCGCCAGCCAGCAAAAUGUCCGGGAAAAGUGUAAUGAACAAGUUCGUGCUGCGGAACAUCGCCCAGCGGCUGGUGCACUGCAUGUACGUGUGCGUCUUCUACCUGAUACUGGUGUGCAUGCUCGAUACAGCCGGCAUAGGGGCGGACAAGAUGCCGCAGGAGGACAUCUCCGUCGUGACCGAGGUGGAUGGGCUCUCCCCGGACGGCAGCAGCAGUGCGCCGACCGAGGGCAAGGGACUGCUCUCGUCCGAUAUCGGGUUCGUGCACGCGUUCGCCGCCUCCUUCAUGGUGAUAAUCGUGUCCGAGCUGGGCGACAAAACGUUCUUCAUUGCGGCGAUCAUGGCGAUGCGGCACCCGCGGCUGACCGUGUUUGCCGGCGCCAUUGCCGCGCUCGCCCUCAUGACCGUGCUGUCGGUGCUGUUCGGCAUCGCGGCCACGAUCAUACCGCGCGUCUACACGUUCUACAUCUCGACCGCGCUGUUCGCCCUGUUCGGGCUGAAGAUGCUGUACGACGGGUACCACAUGUCGGCGACCGGUGCGGCCGAGGAGCUGGAGGAGGUGCAGUCCGAUCUGCGAAAGCGCGAAGACGAGCUCGCCCGUUCCAUGAGCGGCAGCCGCAAGGAAACGGUCGAACUCGUCCCGCUCAGCGACGGGGAGGAAGGGCAGCCGCGAUCGAAGGCGUCCGACAUCUUGCCCCGCCGGCAGCACGGCCCCAGCAACCAUGGCUCCAUCCACUCGCUGGUCGAACCGCAGGCGGGCGGCCACCACACGACCAUGUCUUCCGGCGGGACGCUGCGGCUGUCCGCGUCCGCCACCCAGCUGACCGGUGCCGGGCCGGGCGCUGGCAGCAAACCGGGAAUCUCAACUGCCGAUGGUGGCGCGAAGCUGACCGAGUGUGACGGCGUUGCCCAACAGGGCGGCGAAGGAGAGGGCCCAGGCAAGACCGUGCUACUGCUGGACGGUGGCGGAGAGCGGGGCGAACAGAGGCAGCGGCUGCGGGCGGUGGCGGAUUCGCAGGCGGCGGGCAGCAGCUCCACGUCGCUGACAGUGGCUACUGCGACCGCCAACGGGUCCGCAGCGAAAAUGCUGGAACGGGAGGCGAACGCGGGCGGCAGUCUGAUGUCCCAGGAUGCGGAAUCGGGCGCCUCCACCAGCGGCCGGCGGGGGACGGGCCGGGGCCGCAACAGCAACAACAGUGCGCUGAAGCUGCUGCUGCGCAUCUUCAUGCAGGCGUUCACGAUGACGUUCGUCGCCGAGUGGGGCGACCGGUCCCAGCUGACCACCGUCAUACUGAGCGCGCGCGAAAACGUGUACGGUGUGAUCGCGGGCGGCAUCAUCGGACACUCGAUCUGCACCGGACUGGCUGUGAUUGGCGGGCGCAUGAUCGCCCAGCGAAUUUCCGUCCGUACUGUGACCCUCAUUGGUGGUGUUGUGUUCCUGCUGUUCGCUCUCAGUGCGCUCAUCUUCGGCCCGGGUGAGGAAGAACCCGUCAAGGUGCCUAUUACUUAAGGGAGGCGCCCCCGGGUGUCAACUGAAGCUCGCUUACGCAUCUGUUGUGUGUGUCGUCGUUGUGUGCCUGUUCGUUGUCCCGCUCUUGGUCUGGACUGAUGCCAUUGGCCGUGUUGUGGGACACCACCAUCCCCGCUUCUUCCUCUAUCUUCACCCAACUCAACUCAUCAUCAUCAUCCUGCUCCUUCCUUGUUUGGUUCGCUUUUGUUUGCUGCCGCCACCGUACCAGGAAACGGAUUUACACGGAGACAAACGAUACAAAAAUGAAAGCGAAAAUGUAUUUUUAAAACGUA